AUGGAUUCCAUUACCUAUUCUCGCGGUGAUGUCGUGUUUGCGAUCCCUCCAAAAAACAACAACGAUGGCAUUCCUAUUACGAAGACGAGGAGUGGCAAUAUUGGCGGACAUCCUAUCAUAGUUCUUAGUGCCGAUGCCUCCGCUAAAACCAUCAAGGGUGUCAUGGUGCAGAUGUUCGAUGAUUGUCUCAACCUCACCGCUGUGACCGGCUUGGAUGCCACCCUACACAAGUGGUUCCUCCCAGUCACUCCGGCGACAAAAGAGUCUAUCCAUGAACCAAUCCCCACUCGUCCUGGCAGCGCCGGCAAGGCAGAAUGGGUGAAUCUCAAAGAUAUCCUUCCAAUUCCAGAAAAUAAAAUUAGAAAGGUUCUGGGAAACGUACCUGCUAGUACGGUCACCGCCAUCAAAGCUGCCAUUGUCGAGGCCAGAAAAUGA